AUAUGUGUAUCUGCGAGUGAAAAGUAAAAGUGUUUUCUGCUAUUUGAAAGUUCAAGUGAAGAACAAUAACAUUUUCUUGUUAUUUUAUUUUUAUAUAAAAGGUGCUAAGAAAUUUUGUCCAAUGCAAGUCUACCUGGAUUCCGCAUCAGAUAUUGAGCAUGACAACGGCGUCGAUUCAAAAAUCACCUUAAUGUCCUCAAAAAUCAUGGAAACACGUUAUUACGAAGGAUGUGGGCGCGAGGGUCCCAUCCGAUGCAUAUUUUUAGGUGAAUUCCAUCCAGUGGCAGGACCUAAAAUAUCAUGUCAGUUUCCUGAUGAUUAUGUAUCAAAAGAGCUCUUCGAUUCAAUAAGUGCUUAUAUCAUUCCAAAGCCUCAGAUUCAAAAAUGCACAAUGACUAUAAAUGCACUUGGCCAUAAAAUAGUUGGUUAUCCUAUAAGGAUAGAGAACUCAAGAUAUGAACGUAACAUGUACCUGUUCAACCUUUGCUUUGUAUGUGAUAGCUGGUCGAAGACUGUGCAAUAUGAACCUGUUGUUAAGAAACUGGGUGAACAUUUGACAAUUAUGGAAGAAGAAACUAGAUUUGUGUCGAGUGGUUCGACUAAACUGCCAACACUGCUCGCUCACUUAUUACACGACCUGAACACUUACAGGAAAGCUACAUUAGUCGAAGGCGAGACCGUAAUGCACUUGAAAGUGCUCGAAGUGCGUAAAGACCCUACGCCGGUGCACGAUUUCGACGUUCCAGUGCUGGUCGCGUCGGUGGGCCUUCCCCGUCCAGGAAGACCGCCGCGUAAAGUGCCACAGGAAGGUUCUGAACAAAUACCUAGCCAAGAGCAUCUGGACGUGGAAGAUGAAGAGCCGUUUGAAGUUGAUAUGGACGCUGAUUGGGACCUUACGACCCGACAGCUUCUACCGCAUAUAAAUGGUUACAACCACGUGUCGAAGAUAGCGUCUGAUACGAACGUGGAGAAAACUCUCGUCAAAUCGUGUAUACAAAAUUUAGUAUAUUAUGGAGUGGUAGUUCUGAUACCAGUGUUGAAGUUCAGUAACAUGUACCGAGCCACACCGAGUCUCAGCAGACUGUUCAGUGACCACGAAAUGCAGAAAUCUUGUAUUUCUUUCCUCAGCAACGAUGGCGAAAAUAAAGAAAAACCAGUCCUGUCCGAUGUGCUUGGAAUACUCUGCUCGCUACAGCAAGGGACAACUCUGAGAACUGUGUGCGAACGAUUUUUUCCAUCGCCAGGAGUGCCUUUCGACGUCCGUCGUUUGGUUGUUUUUGCGCAGAUACACGGCCUUGUUAAGUGCUUGAAAAGGUAUCCUGUCUACGUCCGCAGUCCGGUUCGACCCAACGGUUUUACCCCACGUUUGGACUCCAUGCUGGGCAUUCGGCGACUCUUCACCGGCAAGCACAGUGUUGAUGAGAUUUGCUGUCUCGCGCGGAUCGACUUAGCAACUCUCGAUCAGAUCAUAGAAGACGAUUCCAACGUCGCUAUAAUAUGGAGGUAGAUUAAUUACCCAUAAUGCAUAAUAAAAUAUUUUUUUUAAGUUGAAAUCAAUGAAAAUAAUGUUCGGCCGAGUUGAAAAAAAUCUUCAGUUCUUCCUGCAAAGAAACGAAUGUUCUCGAACUUCAAUAUACUGGUAUAGUCAACAAUACGAAGUAUAAUAUAUUUGAAAUAAUUUCCAUAGGGUGACUUUGCAAAAUUUAAAUUAUGAAUAAUGUACGUCAUAAACUUAAUAUUAAGGAACGCAAUAAAAAAAAUGUAGACAUAUGAUUUUUUGAUAUCAAUGUGUCAUAAGGCUCGUUUGCAUUGGUCGAUAUGAAACGAAUUCAGAGAAUAAGGCGUGACAUACGGUCUGCAGAUUUAGAACCAUUAUUAUGACAUUAUGGCAUAAUUAUUAUACACCCAACAUGAUGAAUCCCAGCGAGCUGUGUAAUUAUAGUUGUAUUAAUGACUCGCUCAGGACCUCAGUGUGAUAAAACGCAUGAGGCUAGCGGCACAUGUGAUGGGUUUUGUCGCACUUACAAUUCUUAAGAUGGAUAAGGAAUCAGCUAUGCCGCUUUCUCUCGAUUGAAUUUUUUUCAGAUGUCCUGCCAAAUAGACUACUGUAAGGUGUUCAUUGAAUCGCAAAUUAAUGCGCCAAGUCGCAUCAUUGACACAGACAUAACGACCCGUCUGAGAUAUUUCAUAAUUUGCAUUUUUUAUUGCGGAAAGAGCCAAAUCGCUGCCUUUGUUUAUAUAUUUACAUAUGUACUUGAUCGACUUGACGGAGUAGUAUUCAACAGUCAUGUGAGCCUCAAAAACCUUAGGCAACAUUGCCACAAUCCAACAAAUGUCAAUGUCACUUUCAUAACUACAAUUCGCCCACUAUCCGAAGCUGAUCACCGACGAUAUUGCAAUCAGGUCUCGAGAGUCUCGCUUGGAACGUUGACUUUUUUUAUGUUAGAGGUGGCAAACGAGCAGGAGGUUCACCUGAUGGAAAGUGACUACUACCGCCCAUGGACCUGCUUACCUGACUCUGCAAUACCGGGGGGGCUUCCAGGUGCGUUGCCGGCCUUUCAGGAAUAAGUACGCUCUUUUGUUGAAGGUUCCCAAGUCGUAUCGGUUCGAAAAAAC